GCGCUGUCCCUCUCCCCAACCCUCUCCCUGGCUAUCUAUAUAUACAUACAUCUCUGUAUCGACUGCUGCGAGUCUGGUAAAUUUCCCUAAACCCUAGCAGAACACUCUUCACUUCCAGCCCCCCCAAUAAUUCUGCUAUUGGGUUUAGUCUCAUUGUUUCGCAUCCAUCUCCUCUCAAUCUUCCCCAAAUUCACACCCAUAAACGUUAGAUUAUACACACACACACGCACCCAUGGAUCUUCCCAGUCUCGCCGUCAUUCUUCAGGCAGCACUGAGCCCCAAUCCGGAUGAGCGCAAGGCGGCGGAGCACAGCCUCAAUCAGUUUCAGUACACGCCUCAGCAUUUGGUCAGGCUCUUGCAGAUCAUUGUGGAUGGGAAUUGUGAUUUGGCAGUGCGACAGGUUGCCAGCAUCCAUUUCAAGAAUUUUAUUGCAAAGAACUGGUCGCCGCAUGAUCCACAUGAGCAAUCAAAGAUCUUGCCCAGCGACAAGGACAUGGUCCGACAGAACAUUCUUGUUUUUGUGGCCCAAGUCCCUACCUUGUUGAGAGUACAGUUGGGUGAGUGCCUCAAGACCAUUAUUCAUGCAGAUUACCCAGAACAAUGGCCAAGUCUUUUGCAGUGGGUGAAGCAUAAUUUACAAAAUCAGCAGGUUUAUGGAGCUUUGUUUGUUUUGAGGAUCCUUUCCAGAAAAUAUGAGUUCAAGUCAGACGAGGAGAGAACACCAGUUCAUCUGAUCGUUGAGGAAACAUUCCCUCAUUUGCUGAAUAUAUUUAGUGGACUUGUUCAGUUUGUCAACCCUUCGCUGGAAGUAGCAGAUUUAAUCAAGCUAAUUUGCAAAAUCUUCUGGUCAUCCAUAUAUUUGGAGAUUCCAAAACAGUUACUUGAUCCAAACGUCUUCAAUGCUUGGAUGGUUCUUUUCUUAAGUAUAUUGGAGAGGCCCGUACCUGAAGAAGGCCAGCCUGUUGAUCCAGAGCUCAGGAAGUCAUGGGGAUGGUGGAAGGUAAAGAAGUGGACGGUUCACAUUUUGAACCGCCUAUACACCCGACUCGUAGAUUUAAAACCUCAAAAUCCUGGAAACAGAACUUUUGCCCAAAUGUUCCAAAAGAACUAUGCAGGGAAGGUUUUGGAGUGCCAUUUGAAUUUGUUGAAUGUGAUACGUAUUGGUGGCUAUUUGCCUGAUAGAGUUACAAAUCUUAUUCUGCAGUAUUUAAGCAACAGUGUCUCGAAAACCAGUAUGUACAAUCAGCUGCAGCCAAGACUUGAUAUUGUUCUUUUUGAGAUAAUUUUUCCACUUAUGUGCUUUAACGACAAUGAUCAAAAGCUUUGGGAUGAAGAUCCACAUGAAUAUGUGAGGAAGGGGUAUGAUAUAAUUGAAGAUUUAUACAGUCCUAGGACAGCUGCAAUGGAUUUUGUCAGUGAGUUGGUACGGAAGCGCGGAAAAGAGAAUCUUCAGAAGUUUGUUAUGUUCAUUGUUGAGAUCUUUAAGAGGUAUGAUGAGGCCUCAGUGGAAUACAAACCCUAUCGACAAAAAGAUGGUGCUCUUCUUGCUAUUGGGGCACUAUGUGAUAAACUGAAACAAACUGAGCCCUACAAAUCUGAACUUGAGCGUAUGCUAGUUCAGCAUGUUUUCCCCGAGUUCAGUAGUCCUGUUGGCCAUCUUAGAGCCAAGGCGGCAUGGGUUGCAGGACAAUAUGCUCAUAUCAAAUUUGCUGACCCUAACAAUUUCCGUAAAGCAUUACAUAGUGUUGUUGCCGGGAUGCGUGACCCGGAGCUUCCAGUCCGUGUGGAUUCAGUCUUUGCAUUGCGUUCAUUUGUCGAAGCUUGCAAAGAUCUUAGUGAAAUACGGCCAAUUCUUGCUCAGCUACUUGAUGAGUUUUUUAAACUUAUGAACGAAGUUGAAAAUGAGGAUCUGGUUUUUACACUUGAGACUAUUGUUGACAAGUUUGGUGAGGAGAUGGCUCCAUAUGCUCUUGGACUAUGCCAGAAUCUGGCUGCUGCGUUUUGGAAAUGCAUGAAUACAGCAGAAGCUGAUGAUGAAGUUGAUGAUCCGGGUGCUUUGGCAGCAGUUGGUUGUUUGCGUGCCAUAAGUACAAUUCUUGAAUCAGUGAGCAGGCUUCCUGACCUAUUUGUCCGUGUUGAGCCAACUCUCCUCCCAAUAAUGCAUAGGAUGUUGACUACUGAUGGACAAGAGGUUUUUGAAGAAGUUCUAGAAAUUGUUUCAUAUAUGACCUUUUUUUCACCUGCAAUAUCCCUGGAGAUGUGGAGCCUGUGGCCAUUGAUGAUAGAAGCAUUGGCUGAUUGGGCUAUUGAUUUCUUCCCAAAUAUCUUGGUUCCAUUGGACAACUAUAUCUCCAGAGGCACUGCACACUUUCUAACAUGCAAAGAGCCAGAUUACCAGAAAAGCCUUUGGAAUAUGAUUUCAUCUAUCAUGGGAGAUAAAAAUCUGGAGGAUGGUGAUAUUGAGCCUGCUCCUAAGCUCAUUGAAGUGGUGUUUCAACACUGCAGAGGGAAAGUGGACCAAUGGGUUGAGCCAUAUCUUAUGAUUACAAUUGAGCGGUUGCGUCGAACUGAGAAACCAUACUUGAAAUGUCUUUUGAUGCUAGUGAUUGCUGAUGCACUUUACUACAAUGCAUCUUUGACUCUCAGCAUUUUGCAAAAGAUUGGCGUUGCUGCAGAAAUAUUUAGCCUUUGGUUUGAGAUGCUGCAACAAAAAAAAAAGAGUGGAGCACCUGCUCAUUUUAGAAGAGUAAAUGAUAAGAAAGUCUGCUGCUUGGGGUUGACGUCUCUGCUUCCACUUCCUGUGGGUCAAUUGCCCGUGGAGGCUUUGGGGCGUGUUUUUAGGGCUACUCUCGAUUUACUUGUUGCCUACAAAGAACAAGUAGCAGAAGCUGCACAGGAAGAAGAGGAGGCUGAAAGGGAAGACGAGGCUGAAGAUGAUGAUGAUGAUAUGGAUGGUGUGCAAACUGAUGAUGAGGAUGAUGAUGGAUGUGACAAGGAAAUGGGAGUGGAUGCUGAGGAUGGGGAUGAAGCUGACAGUACGCUUCAGAAAUUGGCUGCACAAGUAAAGGCUUUCCGUUCAGCUGAUGACUCAGAUGACUCAGAUGACGACUAUAGUGACGAUGAAUUGCAAUCACCCAUUGAUGAUGUUGACCCUUUCAUUUUCUUUGUGGAAAACAUCCAAGUUUUGCAAGUAUCAGAUCCACCGAGGUUUCAGAACCUCACUCAGACCCUUGACUUCCACUACCAAGCGCUAGCAAAUGGUGUCGCCGAGCAUGCUGGUCAGAGAAGAAAAGAAAUUGAGAAGGAGAAGAUGGAGAAAGCAUCUGCAUCCGCUGUAGCUGCAUCAUGAUCGAUCCCAGUUGGGGGUUAAAAUGUUGCGGAUUGAAUUUGGCUCUGCCAUUUCAGUAACGGGUUAGGCAACCGAAGAUUUAUGCCAAAUAUGGAUGAAGUUUGUAGUCGGUCCACUGGUCAUGGAGGCCGGUGAAAAACCCCCAGCGUGUGGAGUGUGGAACUCUGCUGCUGCUGCUCCUUGUUUGGUUUGGAUAAGCGAACCGUCCGGUGAGUCUGGCCAUUCCCUGGCUGAAGAUGCCUUUGCUGCCUCAUCUCCUCUUCAAUUGGUGUUGCAGUAGUGGUUGUUUUAGAGUUUCAUAUAUUUUGGUCGAACUUCCAGUUCAUGGUUAAUGUCUCAGUAUUGUCUGGUCAUCAACUACUGCAGUGUUGAUCAUAGCUGUCUUGAAAAUUCUUUCUUGCUUUUCUUUUUCUUUCUUCUUUAUUUGGUGGGAUUGAAAACCCAUUUUUUGGUUUUUCUUUUUUCCUUUUUCCCUUUUUCUUUUUUCCCCCUUUUGUUGGUUUUUGAUUUUUGGUCUGUGUUGGAGGUUGUAUGUCAUUGGCUAGUAGGGGGAUUAGGGUAGAUUUUUGUGAUAUACGAGAGAUCGGUCGCUGUAAAAUCAGUCUAUUCUUUUACAUGUCAUAAUGUCAAAUGGGGAGAAUUGGGUUUAAGUUACCCUUUUUAUCAUGACAUGCUUAAUAUUUAGCAUAUCUUAUUAUUAUUAUUAUGGCA